CCCUUGACCUUUGUUGGUGGUGUACCCACUUUCAUUUUCAACAUACAAACAGUCACUAUGGGAAUCUAAAAAAUCCAGAAAUUAACACGCUGAUAGAUUCAAGAUAUUGCCAACAGAUUUGUAAUGGAUAAGAUUAAAACAUAAGUUCUAUCUGGAGGAUUGAAAACAUGUCAAGUAUUCGGGUGACUGGACUUAGUACCACAACAAGAGAAGACGAGCUGAGGGUGUACUUCAGUAAACCAGAACAUGGCGGGGGUCCAGUGGAGAAGAUCUACUUUCCACUAAUGAACAGUGAUGCUGUUAUUAUUUUUCAAGAGAGUCAUGUUGCUACACAAGUUAUGUCCAUUGAGGAGCAUACAGUGGCUGGCAGGAAGGUGGAUAUGUAUUUUCUACCCCCCAAUAUUUUUUCCACCAUCCAAGCCAGGAUAGAUCCUUCUGUGUCUCUUCUCAUUGAAUCUGUCACCGCCUGUAAGGACCAUCUAUUGUACAUCAUUGGAUUGACCUUGAACUCUGACCCCACAGGGUGCUGUAUUCUGGAGGGAAAUAUGUUUCAAAUUGAAAUGGGAUGGGAAAUAAUUGGUCGGUAUUUACAUCAACAAGAGAAGAUUCAUUCGAGAGCACUGAACAAGGGACACAACUUACAGAAAAGUCUGAGCAGCUCCAAACAAUCUAGUCGCAAUGGGAAAUCAGAUAGAUUAGAGUCAGCAGAGCAUUUUCUAUCAAGUAACAGCAGGAAGGAGAACCAAGCUCCUUACUGGAGUAAGAGUGAUGACAGAUAUCUAGAUGAUGAAGAUGAGACCAGUGCAUAUUUCAGGGAGAAGGAAGUAAACAAACACAAGCAGUCCAGUGUUAGUGAUUACAGGGACAGAAGGAACUUACCAAUGGAAAUAGAUCACGAUACUCAGGUGAAAUCCAUCUCAGGGGUCAGUAAUGUCCGUCCUAUUACUAGUCCUGGAGCCGAGUGGACUCAGGAACUCAGUAAAUAUUCCGAGUCUCAGCUGGAUGACUUGUUUUCAAUGAGUCGUAAGUCAAGCAGUCUUAACCAUACAGAGACGGAUAGACUAUUUACCAAAUCAGAGAAAGUGCCGACUGCUGAAUCUCAUCUACGAUCUGACCACAAGGACCCAGCCUUAAAACCGUCAACAUCCUAUCUCAAUGACAACAGUCUCCCUGGCUACCAGAACCAGAUGGACCGUCCCCUGGACUAUCUGAGUUUACAGAGCAUCAACGGCCGAGAAUCCAUUCAAGUUUUCCCUUCAAAUAAAGAUGAAAGCUCAGAUGAAGAGUCAUUUGGGAGGGAAACCAAAAGGUUUGAUGAUGCCAAUGAUACUUUUGAGAACUUUUCCAGUCUGCCUCACACAAACAGGCAGAAAGGAGGGCCACCUAAAUCAUCUAAGACAACAACAAAAUCUAACAGCAUUAAGAAAGAGAGUGACCAAACCAGCAUUAAACCCAGUUCAAGCAGAACUGUAGAUAAAGGUGUUAAACCCAGUACAAGCAAAGCUGCUGAGAAAAACGAUUCUUCCACCUCGGUCAUUGACAGGCUGCUAUCAUCUCACUUCAGUUCCUUGGAGCCUCAAUUUGAGGCCCUGAGGCACAGCCAGAGGGCAGCACUAAUGUCUGACCACUCACAGGCCAACAGCUUUACUUUUAAUGCAGGAUCACUCAAGGUCACUGUGUGUCAAGGUAACAUCACUGAGGUCAACACCGUGGCAAUAGUCAAUGCAGCCAAUGGGAGCCUUAUUAACGGUGCUGGGGUUGCUGGGGCCAUUGCUAGGGCUGCUAGUCCCACCAUGGAGAGAGAGUGUGAAGAGUUUGUCAGGAAGAAUGGGAUGUUAUCGACAGGGGAGAUAAUGCACACCCGGGCAGGAGGAAGUUUGCCUGAGAGGGUGACACACGUACUACAUGCCGUUGGGCCUAUCUGGCUGGAUAAUCUACCUGAUAGGUGUUUGUAUGAGCUUAUUCUCACCUACGUCAACGUCUUCAAGUAUGCCAACAAACUGUGGAUUCCAUCCAUUGCUCUGCCUUGUAUCAGCUCAGGAGUAUUUGGAGCCCCUCUGGAUGUUUCCAUCAAAUGUUUCCUGGAUGGUGUUCUCAUUUUCCACAGUGAGAUGGGAGACCCUGCCCACCUGAAGGCGAUAACUCUAGUCAACACUGAUGAGGACGGAGUGGCGACCUCUAUAGCCAUUCUCCAGUCUCUACUUGACGAAGGACAGGACCGGGCCACAGCCGAGGCCAUCGACAGAUUCACACGGCUACAGGAGAAGAGGAGAGCUACCACCAACAAACUCAAAAUGGUGGCCGGGAGAUCACUGAUUAAAGACGACAUAACGACAGAUAACGGACGAAAAACAGAUCUGGGACACAAUGAGACUUCUCGAGCUCGGCGGAGGUCCAGUUCAUUGUCAAGACUAAAGGGCAAGUCAGAAUCUGCAGCUAAUGAUAAGAAAAUCAAGGAUGAUAUAAGUUCUAGUAAGAAAAUGUCAUCCAGUUUAAGAGUUAAUGGAAGUGGUUCAACUUUGGAGAAGAAAUCACCACGUCCUUCAAGCUCAAAUCGACCUUCAAGUCAAGCGACCUAUACCAAACAAUCAGAGGAACAAAAAUCACCACGGCAACCACCAGCUAUGAAGCCUGCCCUGGUCACGACCUCACCACCAAGUGGUGGAGCGAAACCCAAAACCAAAACAACUCAAAAUGUCACAACAAAAAAUACUCCUUUAAAAGCUGCAGUUACCAUGGAUCCCUUUAACAUGGAAAGAGAAUUAUCCAAAUUGAAACUGAAUCAGACUGCAAAUGGAGCAUUCAAGAGUUACACCAGAGAGUACAACGAAGAGGAAUUUCACAGUCUUCCCGUUAACCUGGAGAGCCCCAGUGUGGAUAAAGUCUCCUUCUGUAAAAUAUGUCAUGGAAAAAUAAGAAAGUCGAAAACAUUGUACAAAUGUAACCACACAUUCUGUACCGAUUGUAUCGAAGGACAGUUCCGCAAAUAUGGACCAAAAUGUCCUCAGUGUGGGGCCAUGUACUCCAGUUCUACGCUCAGUAAGACCACAUCUGAAGAAGCUGAAUCCUCCCCUCGUAGUCAGUUAAUGAGUACAGUGGUCCACUCCUCCCUACCCCAGGGGACAAUGUCACACAUGACUAGGAGGAACAUGUCUGUCCCUGGGUAUGAGUAUUGUGAGGGGGCAAUUGAAAUUCAGUUUGAUAUCCCAAGUGGAAAAGUGCUGAGAAAGGACAGAUCCAGCAGUUGUAGUGCCUACACGGGGGUACAACACAAGGCCUACCUCCCUAAUUCUGCAGAGGGCAGGGAAAUAUUACGGCUCCUAAAGAGGGCGUUUGAGGCUGACCUUGUCUUUAGAGUCAGUAGUCGAGGGACCGUGGAGUGGUGUAUUUCACACAAAACAUCAGUUCAUGGCUUGAAUGGUUAUCCAGACUCGUCCUAUCUCAGAAAGGUGAAGGAUGAGUUAUCCAGGAGGGGCGUUAGUUAGAGAGAAGAGUUGCCUCCUCUUGCCCAGUGAAAUGUGCCAAGGUUCCUCAUCAGAUAGCUACAUGUAUAUGUACCUUUAUUAUAAUGUUAUACAGUCACCGUGCUUUUCAUCAAAGUUUGUCUGGUGUCCAGAUGAGUGACUAGGGUGUUAUUUUUGGUGUAGCUCUAUAAUCAUAAAGCCUAUAUAGGACUCCACAGUCUAAGGAUUAGGGAUGUCAAAAUAUUAAUUUUCCUUAGUCGAACAUUCGAUUGCAUUAUUCGAACAAUAGUCGACUAUUCAGAGCAUUUAUUUUUUUAUAGCACAAUGUUUUUUGAAAGCAUAUAAAAUAAAUUGGAAAAUUGAAAUAAAUUGGAAAUGGGGAAUUGUAAAGUAAACACACACUAUCCAUACCUCCGAUUAAAAUGUUGAAUACUGUUUGUUCAAGUAGUGAUUGCCCAAGCUAUAUAUCAAAAUGUCUUUAAGUAAGAUUAUUGUUUUAAUAAUUAUCAAGAUUUAAAACUUCACAGCUAUGCAUAUAUUGUUUUGUAUCUAAGCAUUUGAAAGUCCUAGAGUUUAUAAAUGUAAUUGAUACAAACAAGCCAAUUAAAUAGCUUUCAUAGUCCAGUAUAGCGUUGCAUUAUUUACUACGUGUAAUAACAAAAAAUGUCAGUGAUUGAGAAAUAAUUAUCGCAGUAUGUAAUUACUGUAUUUUCCAUAUUUAUAUACUGUGACUGUGAGCUCUUAUUUGUCUGAGGACGUACACUAUACAGCUGUAUAGUUUGAGGAGGGACUCUUUUUUCAAUUUUGAGGUGAGAAUUUCAUUAUCACCCCUUUUCUAGCAUUUAUAAAAUAUUCAAAUAUCGUUUCAUUAUUCGAUCGUCGGUCCAUUUGACUGACAGUCGAAUAGUCGACCAUUUGUUGACCUCCCUACUAAGGAUGGAAUCCUCCAGACUUGCCCCUGAUUUGGAUUUACAGUUUUUGGAGCUGCGGCAAAUCAAUUUCCAAGUAAAUAUAAGUCUUACUUCAGCCAAACUUGCAUAGAUAUUGGAGUGCAUACUAACUAGAAAAAACGGGAUAUUUGCCUUACUUAUUAUAGAUAAAAUUUGUCGAGGUGAGCUUCAUAAUCUUUAAUUACCUAUGUUUUUAAAUCUAAAAUUUUUGCCAAAGGGGGAUCUACUAUUAUUUAUAGGUUUGAGGUUUUAUAUACAUUUAACAUGUACCAGGGGGAGGUCAACAUUACCGCUACAUCGCCAAAUAUUUCAACUCAUUACCGCUACAUUUUUUCAGAUUUUCGACCGAUCAUUACCGCUACAUUUUUUCAGAUUUUCGACCGAUCA